AUGACUAACUGGGCAAAAUAUCAAAAAAGAUUCCAAGAGAGCUGGAUGAAAGAUCCGAUGUUUUGUCAAUGGUUACGACAAGUGAGUGAUGAUGGAAAUAAAGCAUACUGUAAAGUUUGCAAAAAAGAACUGAGAGCUCACAAAGCUGAUCUCGUCAGACACAAGGAUUCUGAAAAGCAUAAAAAAAAUGCUCGUGCAAUCACUUUUCAUCCAUCAAUGAAUAAGGUUUUUCCUAGCAUGAAUCCUGUAAAUAAAAAAAAAUUAGUUACUAAAUUCGAGUUACAAUUAGCUGUCCACGUAGCAUGUCACUCAUCAAUCCGAGUGAUUGAUCACUUAUCUGAUCUUAUGAAAGAUCAUUUCAAAUCCUAUAAUGAUAAAAAUAUCAAGCUAGAUCAAUAUUUACGAAUUCAUAGGACUAAGUGUACGGCAUUAUUAACUAAAGUUAUUGCACCAUCAUUAUUCAAACAACAAUUAAGAGAUAUUAAAGAUGUGUCAUUUUCGCUCAUUUUAGACGAGUCAACAGAUGUCUCUUGCACAAAGCAUCUUUGUAUUUGCAUCAGAUAUUUUAAUUCUAGAAAAGAAAAAAUAGUUUCACAAUACUUAGGAUUAAUUCCUGUUGUUGAAACGACUGCUAAAGACUUAUACUCACAUUUGAAUGCUUUUUUUAUUAAAAAUAACUUGAAUCUUCAGCAGUGUUUUGCUAUUGCUACUGAUGGUGGAUCCAAUCUUUGUGGAUCUAACAAAUCUUUAUAUACUUUGAUGAAAAAAAAAGGAAUGAUCUCAUGA